AUGUCUACAAGUUAUGAUUUAAAUUCAACGCCAAAAACAAUCAAUCAAAGUAAAUAUAUUGAACCAUUAAUGGAUUUUUCUACACCAAUGAGUACAAUAUCAAAUCGUUGCAUAAGUAAUACAACAAUAAUCAACGAUAAAAUCAUAUGUACCCAUAAUAAUAAUAAUACUAAUAAUGAAACAAUUAUUGAUCAACUUUUAAAAAAAUUUAACGAACAUAAAAUUAAUUUUCAUAAUACAAAAAAUUAUUUAAAUUUACUUGAUGGUCAUUUACAUGAAACAACAACAAUUCUAAAUCAAUUAAAAAAUUUCUUAGAAGAAAAUUCUUCGCUAAAAACAACUACAGAUCAAUUAGAAACUCGUUUAUUACAAAUAUCAAUUAAACGUGAACAACUACGUACAGCAAUUAAUAAUUUUCAUCAAUCACCAACAAUAAAUCAAACACUUGAUGAUAUUACUCAACAAAUUUCGCCACGUACAUCAAACAUAACGAUUACAACAGAGCCAAUGAUUUAUUGUACUGAACUAAUUAAUGCUGUAAAAUUAAGUAUAAAUCAAAGAAAAAAUAUAAUCGAACAUUUUUAUCAUGAACAAAAUGGUAUACAACAUCGAACUGGUGAUUACUAUUCAAAAUUUAAACAACGUCAAGAAUUUCUUAUGCGAUUAAUGCAGAAAAUUAUUGUGCAACAAACGUUAAAUGAAAAAAAUAUUGAAACAAUAAAUAUUAAUAAACCACAAUUUGAUAAUCAUAGAGAACAAUUGGCUGAAUUUAAUAAACUUACUGAAGAAUAUCAAGCACUUCAACAUGAAAAUCUAUUAUUAAAACAUAAAGCAAAAGAAAAUAUUCAAAAACUUUAUAAUUCUAUUAAUCAAGUUACAGAAUAA